UGUUUUCACCAAACACGCCGGAGUUCUAUAAAGAUUAGUGACGGUUCGAACCUCGAGACGAGACAACUCCGUUCUUAUUUUCUAUUGUUAACGCACGUGGUAUACAUAAAAGCGUAUAAAAAUGACGGGGAAAGUGAUUUUCGUGAUGAUCCUGUUCUGUGCUGUUGCCCAAAACAUGGCGAAACCGACGCUCUAUAAACGGAACGAUGACAACAUCUUCGAACCCGUAAUGGUACCAGUAUCCUCGACUGUAAUCCCAUUACCAGAAUACAAGGUGGCAUACGGUUUUGGAUUCAUAUCAAAGGAUAAAAAGGCUCAAUCCGCUUUUAAACCGAGCGGAUCGAUAAAGUUGAUUACAGCCAAAAAAACGCAAGACAAGAAAAUCGAGUAGUCGUCAAAAUUUUUAACAUUCUCCGCGCCUACACAUGAAGCACCUUUUUAAACGGAGACACGUUUACAACGCUCGAGGAAUGGAGGAUAUCCUACUUCACUUUAGCAAUCUAAGAUUUAACUUUGAAUUUAUCGAGAGUACUAAUAGUAUUCUAACAACCGAAGUUUACGGGAGCAAUUUAACUGACAUUUACCAAGCUCAAGCCUGCGGUAAUAGGAUGAAACAUUGAUUUAACGCAAUCAGUCGAGGAAACCUCUCGCACCUUUGUCACGGGAAUUUA